AUGUUGAACAAGAUGACCUUACAUCCACAGCAGAUAAUGAUAGGUCCUAGGUUUAACAGGGCCCUAUUUGACCCCCUGCUUGUGGUGCUGCUGGCUCUUCAACUUCUGGUGGUGGCUGGUCUGGUGCGGGCUCAAACCUGCCCCUCUGUCUGCUCCUGCAGCAACCAGUUCAGCAAGGUGAUUUGCGUUCGGAAAAACCUACGCGAGGUUCCCGAUGGCAUUUCCACCAACACUCGGCUGCUGAACCUCCAUGAGAACCAAAUCCAGAUCAUCAAAGUGAACAGCUUCAAGCACUUGAGGCACCUGGAAAUCCUACAGUUGAGUAGGAAUCACAUUAGAACCAUUGAAAUCGGGGCCUUCAAUGGUCUGGCGAACCUCAACACUCUGGAACUCUUUGACAAUCGUCUUACUACCAUCCCGAAUGGAGCUUUUGUAUAUUUGUCUAAACUGAAGGAGCUCUGGUUGCGAAACAACCCCAUCGAAAGCAUCCCUUCUUAUGCUUUUAACAGAAUCCCUUCUUUGCGCCGGCUAGACUUAGGCGAAUUGAAAAGGCUUUCAUACAUCUCAGAAGGUGCCUUUGAAGGUCUGUCCAACUUGAGGUAUUUGAACCUGGCCAUGUGCAACCUCCGGGAAAUCCCUAACCUCACACCGCUCAUAAAACUAGAUGAGCUAGAUCUUUCUGGGAAUCAUUUGUCUGCCAUCAGGCCGGGCUCUUUCCAGGGGUUGAUGCACCUUCAAAAACUGUGGAUGAUACAGUCACAGAUUCAAGUGAUUGAACGGAAUGCCUUCGAUAACCUUCAGUCACUGGUGGAAAUCAACCUGGCGCACAACAAUCUAACGUUACUGCCUCAUGACCUCUUCACACCCUUGCAUCACCUAGAGCGGAUUCACUUACAUCACAACCCUUGGAACUGUAACUGUGACAUACUGUGGCUCAGCUGGUGGAUAAAAGACAUGGCCCCCUCCAACACAGCUUGUUGUGCCCGAUGUAACACUCCUCCCAAUCUGAAAGGGAGGUACAUUGGGGAGCUCGACCAGAAUUAUUUCACAUGUUAUGCUCCUGUGAUUGUGGAGCCCCCAGCAGACCUCAAUGUCACUGAAGGCAUGGCAGCUGAGCUCAAAUGUCGGGCCUCCACAUCCCUGACCUCCGUAUCUUGGAUCACUCCAAAUGGAACAGUCAUGACACAUGGGGCGUACAAAGUGAGGAUAGCUGUGCUCAGCGAUGGCACGUUAAAUUUCACGAAUGUAACCGUGCAAGAUACAGGCAUGUACACAUGUAUGGUGAGCAAUUCUGUUGGAAAUACCACUGCUUCGGCCACCCUGAAUGUUACUGCAGCAACCACCACUCCUUUUACUUACUUUUCGACUGUCACAGUAGAGACUAUGGAACCUUCUCAGGAUGAGGCACGGACCACAGACAACAAUGUAGGUCCCACUCCAGCGAUUGACUGGGAAACCACCAAUGUGACCACCUCUCUCAUGCCACAGAGCACAAGGUCAACAGAAAAAGCAUUCACCAUCCCAGUGACUGAUAUGAACAGUGGGAUCCCAGGAAUUGAUGAGGUCAUGAAGACUACCAAAAUCAUUAUUGGCUGUUUUGUGGCCAUCACACUCAUGGCUGCAGUGAUGCUGGUCAUUUUCUACAAGAUGAGGAAGCAGCACCAUAGGCAAAACCAUCACGCCCCCACAAGGACUGUUGAGAUCAUUAAUGUGGAUGAUGAGAUUACAGGAGACACACCCAUGGAAAGCCACCUGCCCAUGCCUGCUAUCGAGCAUGAGCACCUAAAUCACUAUAACUCUUACAAAUCUCCCUUCAACCACACAACAACAGUUAACACAAUAAAUUCAAUACACAGUUCAGUGCAUGAACCGUUAUUGAUCCGAAUGAACUCGAAAGACAAUGUACAAGAGACUCAGAUCUAAAACAUUUACGGCUACAGAAAACAAACAAUUAAAAAAAGGACAGUUUAUUAAUAAUGACACAAAUGACUGGGCUAAAUCUACUGUUUCAAAAAAGUGUCUUUACAAAAAAAAAAACAAAAAAGAAAAGAAAUUUAUUUAUUAAAAAUUCUAU